AUGUUUGGCCAAUUUCCGAAAUUAUUAAAUGUAGAGCAUCUGUCAGACAGAGCGGCAUCAUCAGCAAGUGAUGGAGAAACGUUGGACUUGGGUAUAACAACAUUGGAGGUUCCAAGACCUGGCUCCGAAGCAUCUCAGAUCUCGGAUAGAAGUGGUGCAGCAACACCCAAUAUAAGCGAGCAACGAGUGGCAUCAAGACCCUCUUCUCGGAAAAGAGGAACCUCUAAAAGACCAAAAUCUGGACAAUUGACAAUCUCUUCAGAGGAUGAUCAGGUUGGAUCAAGGUCUGGAAGUAAGCUGGAUUUAAUCAUGAGCAACAUGGAAGAUUUUAAGGUACAAACUUUGGUUAAAGAACAACAGCUGGAACGAGAGCGAAUGUUAAGAGCUCGAAAGGAAGAAGAAUUAUUAAUGGCAAAUCGAAACUUAAUGGAAAAACUGAGGAGACACGAAAUUGAGGUAGAAUUAAUGAAGGGCCAAUUAAAGAGAAGGAAUGAAUUACUAGAUAAUCAAAGAGAGUCAUUCUAUAAGGAAUUGCUAUUAUUAAGGGAGGAACUGUUCAAGAAAAACGGAAACUCAAACUAUGUGCCCACAGACUUUUCUCUAUUUAAUUGGACAAAAAAGAAUAGAUAUGAGGAUGAAAUGGAGAAGGACAGCUAUUCUCGCACAGAGGACAUCAUUGACACGGAGCAUCGUACAAGUUCAAUUGACACUGCGUCAUAUUUUGCUCUGAAAGAACAAUCUAAAAAAGUGCAAGAUACUUUAACAAACUUGAAAAAUCUUGAAUACAAGAGAAAACAAGAGCUAGAAAGACUUCAAAAAGAAAGAGAAGAAACAGAAAAGCUCAAGAAGAAGCUUGCAAAAAAAGCUAAGGAGUUACGAAAGAGUGCAGCAAAGGAUAAAGAGGCUAUUGUCAAACAAAUUGACGCGGUAGUUGGUGAAGUGCACGAUCCUUCCGAAGACUUGUUUGCGUCUGUUGACGAACAUGAAUUAUCGAACGAAGUUUCUCAAGAAACUGCUCAAAAAGCAGAGGAAGAGGUACCAAAGGAGGAAACACCCAAGCAAGAGCCUGAAAAGAGAGCUGCUACACCUAAAAAGCCAUUGGAGGUUUUAGUUUUAAGUGACGAUGAAGAAGAAACGCAAUCAGAAGAAAAGGAAGAGAUUUCAUCAGUGGAACUACAACAAGUGACACCCAAGCUAUUCGAGAUGGAUUUAAAUAGAGAUAGUUCUGAUGAAACGCGGUUCGAAGAUUCCAAAGUAGAAAUUGUCAAGAGCAACGAGCCACCAAAACCAGAAAUUGAGAUACCAUCGUUUUUGAAGCAAGAUCCAGUAGAAAAAAAGGAACAAGAGCAAAAAGAGUUGGAACAUCUUCAAUCAGAGGUUGUCGAUUUUCAAAGCAAGUACAAUGACUUAAAGUCCAAGAUGAAUACAGUACGGGCGAGGUUGAUGUUUUACAAACAAGACAAGGAACAGAAUUUAAAACCCAAUGCCGAGGGACCUAAGGGCGAUGUGACACUGGUAUUCACCGAUGUACAAGACUCUACCAGGUUAUGGGAGCUCGACAUGGACAUAAUGCAGCAAUCAAUCAAAGUUCAUAAUGACGUCAUGCGGCAAGUAUUGGAUGAGACAGAGGGAUUUGAAGUGAAAACGGAAGGUGAUGCAUUCAUGUGUGCAUUCCACACAACAGAGGAUGCCAUCGAGUUCGCUCUAAGGGCUCAAAUAAGAUUACUGGAAGCUGAAUGGCCUGAUCAUUUGUACGACUUUGAUCCAGGUCGAAUCGAAAUGGAUCCAGAAGACAUCAAAAACAUAGUAUAUAGAGGUCUUCGAGUUAGAAUGGGUGUGCACGUGGGAAAACCGAUCGUGGAGCGAGAUCCAGUGACAGGUCGGUACGAUUACUUUGGACCUGUUGUAAACAGAGCAGCUAGAGUUGAGGGCCAAGCUGCGGGCGGUCAGAUUGUAAUAUCGAACGCUGUAUGGGAGAAAAUUAAGGACAAGUUGGACACAUUUUCAACUCAAAUUUGGUCCAAGUAUAUGGGUGUUGUGAGUUUAAAGGGAAUGGAUGAAGCAGAGAACAUUCGAACCAUUCUCCCCUAUCAACUUAGAAACAGAAAGUUUCCAGAGGUUAAGGUUAUUAUUAAUGAGCAAACAGGUUUAAAAGAGCUAGAGGAAAAGCAAGAAGAACCUUCCAUUAAGCAGCUACAAAAUCAGCUUCGACUGUUGAAAGCACAACACAACGGUCUCACACAAAUGAAAGAGGCUGUUAAAGGAAAGAUUCAAUUCAAAAUUCGAAUGCAAGCUCUGGAGAAAAGUUUAAUGGAAAAAGAUAGUGUCAUACAGUUCUUGAAAGCCAAGAUUGAUAAUCCAACUGGAAUUGCUCUCGAAGAAAUUGAUGAAGUUAUGAAAAGAUACGACGAAAUUAAGGCAGAGUACUUGGAAAUGAAACAGUCCUAUGAUGACGCGUAUGACAUUUUUGAAGAUGACAACCAGCUCGAAGAAAUGUUCAAUGAAGUAACUGAAAUGAAACAUAUCGUGCCCUUGACUACGGAAUCAGAUUCAUCAUGGUCACUACGGAAAACCAAGUACGAAAACGAACUGGAACAAGUGCAAAACUUGAUCAAGCAGCGAGAACGACGAAUUUUGGACCUCAAGAAAACUCUAAAAGCAUUACAAAGAUUGCGUGAACGACGAUACAAAUCUCCUUCGACAAAGAGAAAUGGUGAUCGAAGAAAUCUUUCCAAAAACCGAGUCAAUGCCACUAAGAAAAAGGAUCCUAAUGCAAUGGACGACUCGAACUCCCUUAAGCACAAACAUGAACCUCUGCCCUCUACACAAACUCCAAAGACUGAAGACCCAAUUCAAUCCAAGAGCCCUAUCAAAGACAACUCAAAACCAUCAUCAGCCAGUAAUAAGAAGGACAUUUCCUCCCAAAAGAUGAAAAACUUGAUGAAGGCAAAGUUGAACGCUCCCAACGUGCUCUCUCAGUCAUUACCAAGCUCCACUCAACACAAGUAUCAAGGUAUUCGACCCAUAAUUUCUUCUGCAGCUUCCUCAAGAAAUUACGUUCCAUAUAGGCAGACGUUUGGUCUUUCUCGUUCCUCGGCACCUUCUAUGACACAACAACCACCUCCAAUAGUUCCGUCCUCGAUUGGUGAAAUCACACAAAUUCUCAAAGAUGCAAUCCAAGAAGCAAUCGGUUCAUCGAGUGACAGUAAGGAUCUGAAUUGGGAUUCUUUCAUUCAAGGCGUCAGCAAGAGUGUUGUUGAAGAUAUUCCUUCAACUCCUAUUAAGCCAGAGCAACCACAAGACGUCUUUAAGAAUAUUAUAAUUUUCGACGAAAAGACCAAUCAAUAUGUACAAAUUCCAAAGGAAGCUCUAAAGAAAUGGGGAGUCAUCCAUGCUGCCAAGUUUAUUGCAGAGCAACAGUUUAAGGCAGGUCUCAGCAAGGGUGUUCGUAUCAAUUCUAGAGAAGUUCUUCUUGAGAAGCCAAAGCAGCGCAUCGAGAAGGAGAACCAACCAAAAAGAUCCUACUCGAGAUUGUUGGAGAGUUUUUCUCGACCUAACAUUCCUCCAACUAGUUCAUUCGUUAAUGUCAAUAUUAUCCAUCAGUGGGAACCAUUAGGAUCACCAUUCAGAAAAGUACGUGUGCCACCUUCAGCAGAAGAACGAGAGAGAAUUAUGAAUGAGCUCAAGAAUUACUCUCCCUAUGCAAGCUCAGAGUAUUAUACGACCUCGACCACUUUGUCUUCAUCCCAGAGAAUUGCCACAGGGAGUUCAAGUACCUCCAAUAAUGCUUUGUAUUUACCACGACUUGUGUCUGGAGGAGAAGAGAGGUGA